ACAUAUUUCAGUUUGAAGGAUUCAUCUGUAAAGAUUUUGUCAAGUUGCUCAUGUGGUUUGUUCCUGCGUUCCAGAGGUCUAUGUGGACGAGCCAAUGACAGACAGCGCCCCACCCACCCCCUCUUCAACCACUGACCUCACUCCAAUGGAUCCACCAAUCAUCAACGUCACCCUGAUGGGCUCACCAAUCACAAAUGGCUCGCCCAAUUCACAGACCAAUUCCCAGUACUCACGUGGCUCGACUACCCAAUCAGAAUUCAGCAGCUCAGAUAUGAGCAUUCAGGUCCCUGAGGAUUAUGAGCGCCGUGUUUCAGACCCGUUCCUGGACAGCGGUCUGCAUCUGAGCCCCACGGCAGCCGAGGCCAAAGAGAGGGCCCAACACGGCAAGAAGAAAGCGCCCCCUAUGGACUGGAGCAAGAAACAGGAGAUCUUCAGCAACUUCUGAGAACCACACAGAACCACACAGAACCUUCACAACAAUGUUCUUAAGUACCUCAAGGUUGGUAAAGGUCUGGCACAGGGACACACCAUAACCAAUGUUGGCCGUGCGCAGUAGAUCAUCAGCCCGGAGACAAUUUCAUUGUGGGAAAUUAAUAGAAAAUGGCAGCCAAUGUUCUGUGGUGAGAAGCGAUAGGAGGACCCCCCGCUGCUGCUCGGCUGACGUUCGUUAUGGUGUGUCAUGUGACAGAGCUUCACCAGCCAAUGUUUUGUGGUGAGAGGCGAUAGGACGACCUCCCGCUGCUGCUCGGCUGCUCGUUAUGGUGUGUCAUGUGACAGAGCUUCACCAGCCAAUCAAGAUAAAAGGCUGCAGUGGCUCCGAAACAAUUCUGAGAAAAACACAGAAAGCCUCUGUCCCCGGCAGGAUCUGAACCCUGGUCUCCCACGGGACAAACCAUCAUCUUAACCAUUAGACAAAGAGGAAAUUCCCUGUGUGUCUGAGGGCCAACACUUAUUGUGAAGUCACAAGCGGGGCUCCCUCAUCACGUGACCAUGAGCAGCCAUGACCGUCCCAUAUCUGCUACACCUCCAUAUACCACUACUAUGGAUUAUUACAGUACCUUAGGAUGAGGAUAAAUCAUGUUGAAGUAUUUAGCCAGGAUAAUUGACUCAGUUCCACUUGUUUCCAUGGCUCUUGUUUCCAUGGCUCUAGUUUCCAUGGCUCUUGUUUCCAUGGCUCCUAAAGGUUUCUCAGAGCUGUGACUUUACUGAAAGUUUUUUUUUCCUUCUACAGCAACUAGUAAGAAACAUUCACUGGCCCAACCGCCACACACCGAACCCCACCUCUUCACCCUCCACAGAAAAACAGGGUGGAUUGUUUCCCAAAAGACUGAGAUGUGGGCCUGUAUCCACAAAGUGUCUCAAAGUAGGAGUACUGAUCUAGGAUCAGUUUUGAGGUUUUUUUUAUGUCAUAAUGAAUACAAUAAAUUGUAUAGGGAAGGAUCUGAUCCUAGUUUUAUUAGAUCUCACUGAGGUAAGAACGUCAGGACACCACAACAUCCGGGCCGGCUUACAGAUGUGACCCCUGUGGCCGAGUCUUCCUCUCACGGACCGGACUUCACGGUCACAGCAGAUGCUGCGCUAAGAUCUAACUCCAAGGCACAAUAAAGAACCCUUUUUGGUUCCAGAUAGAACCUCUUGUUCCAAAUAGAACUCUUGAAAGGCUGCUGUUUGGAACCUAAAGGGGUUAUCGUCUGACCUGACCUGGUUCUUACCUGGAACCUUUUCCAGAGGGUUCAACAGGGACAAAUGGUUCUACAUAGCCCUUUUGAGAGUAUAGAAGCGAGCUUCUCAGAUGUAUAAAUGAGGUACGUAGGAACCACAUCAGGUCAUAGACACGGACGUCUGAAUGAUGGACAGACUGAGGGGAUGAAUCAAAGUCCUCUGACCGUGAGAUGAAGAGACGCUGAGAAACAGAGACAAACGCUCAAAUGAGUGUGAUGGGCGUCACAGAGGUAGAGAAGGAAAGUCCAGGAUCUCAAUGGGAUUUUCAGAUGAAGAGAUACGAGUUACUGAAGUCCUUUGUAAUGAGGGAAGAGGAGACACAUUGGGAAUUGGGUGCAUUGCAUUGGGUUGACUGAACUCUACAGCAUAAAUGUUGCCUAGACUGCAGAGAGAGACUUGUGUCAAUGUGUAGGCCAACAAAUGCCUGAACGGUUAGCCAUUAAGAUAAAACCACUAUUUAUGUGAUUAUGACUGAUUUAUAUUAUUCUGUGAUAUUAUUAGCAAUUUGUUUACAAACUGUGUUCUUCUAGUAUUUAAAUAUUUGGUUUUUAUUCUGUCACAAUUUCCGGUUGGAAAGUAAGACACACCCAGCUAACUUUGUCUGUCUCUGCUGUCCAGAACAGAACUCUGAGUUGAAGGAAGAAAUGGGAGGAGCCGGGUUAAGCUCUAGAUUUGUUUAUAUUUUGUGUAAUUAUAUUAUUGUUUGUGGUUGAAUCCCACUUUCAUCGUCCUCAAACAUUCAUCUCUUUUUAGAGGAAUUCAUAAAUGGACCCAUUUUAGUUUGUUUGACUAGUUUGGUUACGAAGCUAAGCUAGUUUCAGUGCAGACCGAUGUCUCAGUGCCGGGAUUCAAUCAGAUCAGCGCUAGAUCUGCAGUGUAGCACGGAUGACAUUUAAAGGUAAUUGACAAUGGAGCCGACAUGUGCAGAAUUUGCCGUGAAUGCGGUCUUCUGCGAUCGCGGGAACUUUCCCUUUAAAAGGUGAAUAGUGAAUCCCGGCCUUACUUUUAAUGUGAUCAUCUCUCCAGUUGUAGAUUUGUAUCUAAUGUAACUAAGUUACUUUUAAUGUGAUCAUCUCUCCAGUUGUAGAUUUGUAUCUAAUGUAACUAAGUUACUUUUAAUGUGAUCAUCUCUCCAGUUGUAGAUUUGUAUCUAAUGUAACUAAGUUACUUUUAAUGUGAUCAUCUCUCCAGUUGUAGAUUUGUAUCUAAUGUAACUGAGUUACUUUUAAAUGUGAUCAUCUCUCCAGUUGUAAAUAUGAAUCUACUGUAACCAAGGCUAUUAUAUGAACACAAAGUGGACUGGACAUUAAUAUGAAAUAAAAUGACAAAAUAAAUGUUUAACACUGUCGUUCUGUAUUGCUGUAGAUGAGCAGUGGUAUGGUUUCUCUUUUGUUGCACCAUCUCUUCACAAUCAAUAUGAUCUAGAAUAAUUCU